AUGGCACCGAAUUUCGAUGAUAUACCUAUGAAGAAUGAUCUCAUUCUGCGCACUGCGAGAGGCCAGAAAGUGGAGCGCGCACCUAUGUGGGUGAUGCGUCAAGCUGGACGCUACCUGCCCGAAUACCACGAAGAAAAGGGCAAAAAUGACUUCUUCGAAUGCUGCCGCAGCCCCGAGAUCGCCUCCAACCUCACACUUCAGCCAAUUGAUCGCUUUGCCGGUCUUGUCGACGCUGCUAUCAUCUUCUCCGAUAUUCUCGUUAUCCCUCAGGCGAUGGGCAUGGAAGUCAUAAUGGUAGACAAGAAGGGCCCUCACUUCCCCGAACCACUACAAACACCAGACGAUGAGCAGUAUAAGGAGGUUAUGGAACGCAAUGUUGAUGUGAAGGAGUCGUUAGACUACGUCUACAAGGCUAUCACACUGACAAGGAAGAAGCUCAAUGGUCGAGUGCCUCUGAUCGGUUUCUGUGGUGCGCCUUGGACGCUCCUAAGCUACAUGGUUGAGGGUGGUGGCAGUAAAAUGUUCAUCCAGGUCAAGACAUGGAUCUACAAGUACCCAGAUGCCACCAAGGCCCUGCUACAGAAGAUUGCAGAUCUUUGCGUGGAAUACCUAGCUCUGCAGGUAGAGGCAGGCGCUCAGAUGAUUCAAGUCUUCGACUCAUGGGCAGGCGAACUUUCUCCCCAAUCCUUCAAGGAGUUCUCACUUCCAUAUCUGAACCAUAUUGCCGACAAUCUCCCCGCCCGCAUAAAAUCCAAGGGCCUGGAGCCCGUUCCUAUGACAGUCUUUGCCAAGGGUGCAUGGUACGCAUUGCCCGCCCUUUGCGAGUCCAACUACAACACCAUUGGCUUGGACUGGCUGCACGACCCAGCAGAGGCAUAUCAGCUUGCGCAGUCGAAGGGCAAGGUAUUGCAAGGUAAUGCCGACCCUGGCGUUCUGUACGGCAGUCACGAUGCCAUCACUAAGGUUGUCGAGAACAUGGUCGCUGGAUUCGGUGGAGGAAAGCAGGGUUGGAUUGCCAAUCUUGGUCAUGGCAUCACACCAUUUGUCAAACCAGAUGACCUGAAAUUCUACUUCGAAGAGAUUCAUAGGCUGACAACAUAA